AUGGGUAAAUUAGAUACAAUUGAUAUAGUGGAACCAAAUGCUUCAGAUUUGAAUUCCACUGAUGAAGCUUAUGCUAAGCCUUUGGAUAAAGGUUACAAAGAUAUCGGUUACAUUACAGCAAUUGGGUUAGUCUGUAAUCGUAUGAUUGGUACUGGUAUCUUUGCAACUCCUGCAACUAUUUAUAAUUUAUGUGGUGGUUCAGUUGGUUUAGCUUUAAUCAUGUGGGUUAUUGGUGCUAUUAUUGCUUUAGCUGGGUUAUAUGUUUAUAUGGAAUUUGGAUCUGCAAUCCCAAGAAAUGGUGGUGAGAAGAAUUAUUUGGAAUUUGUCUAUUCAAAACCAAAAUUCUUAAUUACUGCAAUGUAUGCUGCUUAUGCAUUUUUAUUAGGUUGGGCAGCUGGUAACUCAAUUAUCUUUGGUCAAUAUAUUUUAACUGCAGCUGGUAAAGAACCAACAAGAUGGGGUGAACGUGGUAUUGGUGUUGCAGCUAUUACUUUUGCAUUUAUUGUCCAUUCAACAAAUAUUAAAGUGGGUGCUUAUAUUCAAAAUGUUUUAGGUGUUUUCAAAAUUGGUGUUAUUUUAUUUAUUACCGUUACAGGUUGGGUUGCCCUUGGUGGUUGGAAAAAAACUGAUAAUUUCCAUAAUUCAUUUGAAGGUACCAAGGAUGCAAGUGCUUAUGGUGUUGUUAAUGCAUUAUAUAAUGUUAUUUGGUCAUUUAUUGGUUAUUCAAAUGUUAAUUAUGCUUUAGGUGAAGUUAGAAAUCCUGUUAAAACAUUAAAAUUUGCUGCACCAUCAGCUUUAAUCAUUGUGGCCAUUAUUUAUUUAUUUGUUAAUAUUGCAUAUUUUGCUAUUGUUCCAAAAGAAUUGUUGAAAACUUCAUCAACUAUUUUAGCUGCUGAUUUCUUCCAAAUUGCAUUUGGUGAUAAUGCUAAAAAAGCUUCAUCAGUCUUUGUUGCUCUAAGUGCAUUAGGUAAUGUUAUGAGUGUUAUUUUCUCUCAAGGUCGUAUCAUUACUCAAUUGGGUCGUGAAGGUAUUUUACCAUUUCCAAAAUUUUUUGCAAGUUCAAGACCUUUUAAUUCACCACUUGUUGGUUUAAUGCAACAUUGGAUUGUUUGUAUUAUUACAAUUUUAGCUCCUCCACCAGGUGAUGCUUAUAAUUUCAUUAUGAAUUUGAUUUCUUAUCCAUUAAAUGUUAUAAAUUUCUUGGUUGCAGUUGGUUUAUUAUGGGUUAAUUAUAAAGCCCAUAAAGGUGAAUUGAAAUGGGAACCUCCAUUAAAAGCAUCAGUUCCAGUUACUAUCUUUUUCGGAUUAAGUUCAUUAUAUUUAAUUGUUGCACCAUAUGUUCCACCAACUGGUGAUCAAUCAGUUUAUAAAGAUUUACCAUAUUAUGUUCAUUGUGUUACUACAUGGGGUAUUUUCUUUAUUGGAUUUGUUUAUUGGAUUUUCUGGGCCAAGAUUUUACCAAAAGCUUUCGGUUAUAAAUUAUACAUUGAAGAAAUUGUGGCGGAGGAUGGAUUCUGGAGAAAAGAGAUUAAAAAAAUCCCAAUUGAUGAAUAUCAAUCAUAUGUUCGUGAAGUUCAAGCUGAACAUCAAACUGUUGAGCUUGAUGAAGGAGAAAGUCAUGGGUCUUCAGUUCUUAAGGCCAAGGACACCAAUAGUGUGAAUUAAUGAUUGUUAAUGACUCGUAUUUGCAUAGAUGUAUAUUAGAAUAUUGAAUUUGUUGAUUUUGUUUUAGAAUAGUUGUAGUAAUAGGGCUUGUUGUGUCUGUUCACGUGAUCUUAGCACGAUUCACGUGAUACUCAUUGACAUUACAUAAUCUUUCUACAACAAGGGAGUCCGAUUGCCGCAGAUUGGA